CGAAUACAUACAACGCCACGCGCAACCGAUAACCGCUAGCCUGACCGCCAGGAGGCCUUCUGGCCCAUAGCUGACUUGGGAGGCUGAGAGGGACCAAGAUGAGACAACUCACUCACCACCAUGGAGGCGUACCAGUCAUGGCGGCCCGGCAACUCGAGACGAGGCGCCAUCUUUAUCAAUGUGCUCCAUGAUGACAGGCGUCAGUCUCGUCCACUCGCCGAGCAGGCGACAUCGAGCUCCGAUACGCAGCCGAGUGACGACUCGCCUCCCUUUUCCGACUCGCCGCAAAGAGGCAGUCCUACGGCGAAACGGACCAGACAGAACCGAGACAAGAGUCAGCGCUACCAUUUCCGCGUCAAGACUCAGCGACGAAUACUGGCCACACUGCAUGCCGAGCUCGAAAAAGAGGCAGAAAAGGUCUUGGACGCAGGCACGCUCUCGACCGAGUUGCGGCAGGCUUUCGCACACAGGCGCUCACUCCCUACCAAUUCGUCCUCUCAGAACCUUACAACGAACGAGAGAAAGAGGAACAACAAGAUAGUUCAUCGGCAGCGGGAAUUGGAGAAACUCGAGUCGAUUUCCUUUGUGGCUGCCGCCUUACUUUCUCGCUGCGAGAACGACGUCGUUGCGACAAACUUCCCCUUAGAGGCUCCCGAUUUUGCAGAGGAGCACAUCAGAUGGGCCCUUAUCCAGGUCUUUUUGUCCUGGCACCGCGAGUGGGAGGAAAUCAUCUUGUCUAUUGACAGGACAAGAGAGGAUGUGGUAUACCUCAAAGGCGAUCCUUUACGACGAUUAAUCCAGAGCCUUCGUGAACAAUCGCCAAAGUGACAUCAAGAUAGUUCAGAAUCUAUCCUCUAAUCUACAAUCAGCC